GUUUACUUUUACCACAGAGGCGUGUAUUUCCGGUGUAAUUUGAGCUCAUGGUGAAAAAAGAAAAGCAUACAGAAUCAUUGAAAGUUGACGUUUCUAUUAGUUAUUUUAUAGGAUAGAUUAGUAUUUGGAAAUUUGUGGUCAGCAUUAGUACUCAUGAGAAAUAAAUACUAGUGUUACCAAGUUCAAGGAAUGCUAAAGUCAUGAAAGUGGUUUAAAUCCAGUCAUAAAAGUUCAAGGUAUGCUAAAGUCAUAAAAAUGGUUUAAAUCCAGUCAUAAAAGUUCCAAGGUAUGCUAAAGUCAUAAAAGUGGAUUAAAUCCAGUCAUAAAAGUUCAAGGCAAGAUGAGGUUGGAAUGUAAAGAAGAAAGAACCAAUUGACAAAAAGCAUUACUGCAGGCCAGGGUAUAAAAUACUGAAACAUGGCAGAGUGAGAUAAUGGCAGGGAGCUUGAGGAAAUGCUCAGAUGGGACCUUAGGUUAUACAGUGACUGAAGAAGAUGGGUUCAAGUACAAAAUUCAUUGUAGUAUUUGUGGGCGUGGCUUCAUGGGUAAUGCUGGAUUGACAGCUCAUAUGAAAUCACAUAUAAAAGCUACAGUGAAAACAUGUUUAGAAUCCAAACCAGUUGAAACAGUGGAACCAGAGAUCGUAAAAAGUAAUAUUAUUGAAGAAUGUCUUUCAAAUUAUCAAUGUAAAACAUGUGGAAAAGGUUUCAAUAAGUUAUGCGGUCUGGUUUCACAUGAAAGAGGCCACCAGAAAAAAAUAGACAAUGCUGGAAAAAAAUUUGACUGCAAGGUGUGUAAACAAGAGUUUAAAUGCCGUCAAUAUUUAACAAGCCAUAUGAGAACUCAUAACAGUAACUAUCGUAAUAGAGAAAAGCGAUUUAGUUGUGAAGAUUGUGGCGCUUGUUUCCAUGGAAACAGUCAGUUAAUAGUACACAAACGUACACACAAUGGUAGCAGACCUUUCAGUUGUGAUUAUUGUGAUAAGAAAUUCCUUGACUCUGGAAACUGUAGUGCACAUGUAAAUAAAGUACAUUUUGGAAAAGCGAAGGAAUCACGAUAUUACUGUGAUGUCUGCAAUAAGGGAUUUCAUUAUAAGUCUGUUUUGAAAAAACAUAGUAUGAUCCAUACUGAAGAAAAAAUAUACAAAUGUGAAUACUGCUCAAAAACAUUUUCUUGGAAGCUGUGUUACGACCUUCACCUUAAACUACAUUCAGGGGAGGCUAUGCAUGAAUGUUCUAUCUGUCAGAAAACUUACCCAACAAAUCACAUUCUAGAGAAACACAUGAAUACACACACGAAAGAAAAAGAGUAUGAAUGUGAUAUUUGUAACAAAGUAUUUUACAAAAGAGGGAACAUGUCAAAACAUAGAAUGAUUCAUUUUGACAAUAAACCAUACAAGUGUUCUACAUGUGGAAAAGGAUUUAAACAGAAUUCUACAAUGCGUACACAUGAAGAUAUACACAACCCAGAACAUUUGAGGAAAAGAAAGUCAAAGAAAGGGGUUAGGGAUCACCACUGUGAGGUCUGUAAACGGUCAUUCUCCUCCAAAGUAACGUUACUUAAUCAUUCACGACUACAUACGGGUGAUUUAUUUACAUGUGAAGUUUGUAACAGAGAAUUCACAUAUUUAAAACAGUACGUAAUUCAUAAGAGAAAACACACAGGGGAGAUUACUGAUAAAUGUCACAUUUGUGGUCGAGGGUUUAUUUGUGCAGGAUAUCUGCGUAAACAUCUGAAAAUGCAUGCUGGUACACGUAAAUGGAAGUGUGAGGUCUGUGAUAAGAAAUUUACACAGAGUGGAGCUUUGAAGAAACACAUGCAAACACAUACAGGUGAAAUGCCUUGGGCAUGUACAUUCUGUGACAGACGAUUCGCUUGUAACGAUUCUUUGCUUCAACACGAAAAACAACAUAAAGGAAUUGUCGAGAAAUUUUUUCAUUGCAGUCUUUGUCCAAAAACUUUUACUAGAGCCUCUGGUAAGUUGAUCCAUAUGAAAACCGUCCAUGAAAGAUUGAGACCAUUCAAGUGUGACAUUUGUACCAAGACAUUUUCAAACAGAGGCAACCUGCAAAAACAUCUGAUGGUUCACAACAAUGAACGACCACAUAAAUGUCAGCAGUGUAACAAAGCUUUUAGAACAAGGUCAUAUUUAAAUUAUCACAUAGAUGUGGUUCACGUUAAUAAAAAAACAUUGAAAUGUUUAAUCUGUCAAAGAGUGUUUAAAACUCAAGGUAAACUGACAAUACACCAUAGAAUUAAACACAAAGAUGAAUCGGAAAAUCAUAAUCUUAAAGUUGCAGAUGAAAACAUGAACAGUUUGAAUACAAUGAACGCAAAGACUUUAAAAUGUUACAAGUGUAAAAAAUUAUUCAAAACUAGAUUUUCUUAUAAUCGUCACAUGAAAAUAUCACAUGGAUUAAGUUUAGCACCCACUCUCUGCUUACAGAAAUUAGAUGGAAAAAUUAAGUCAAGUAUGCAAAUCUCCGAAAGAAAUGUUCAGAAGUAUAGUGGUAUUCUAGAAAAACUGAAAUGUUCUUUCUCUGUCGGAAAAAAUCCACCAAUAACAGAUAAAGAUUCUAUAGUAGAAGUGAAACAAAAUAGUCAUGAGAAUAUUUUUGACUCUUUCUUGAAUAAUAAGAAAACUUUAGAACUACCGAAAUUUGAAAGCUGCAAAGAAGUGAGCAUUACCAGUAUUGUUGAAGAUGGUUAUUCAAAAUGUAAUGGAAAUAUAUUUGCAAAUUUAUCACAUAAAGAAGAAACUAUGGUGGAAGUCAUGGAUAUAGGAGAAAAGGAAAGUAAACCGCUUUCAACUGAUUUGCAUACUAAUAUAUUUGAGAAAAUAAUGAUAAAGCCAAAUUCAAACAAUAGUUCGCCAAAAGAAACAUUAUUAUGUCUACCAGAGAAGAGUGCAAAUGAAGCCAAAGUUUGUUCAAUUCAAAGUAAAAUAAAGGAUCAAUCUAAAUUUGGCAAUCAGUUGAAAAAAUUGAAUUUUGGGUCAUUGACCAUGAAGAAAAAAGAUGUUGGUAAUAUAUUUUCUAAUUUAAAUGGAAUAAAACGGGUAGAAAAUGACAUCAAAUGUAUUCCUAAAAUGAAAUCAGUCCUGAAUUUGUCGAGAAGUAAAACAUUGGACCUAGAAUCUAUAGAUCAAGCAAAUGGAUGCAGAAAUUUGUUUGAAGAUCUUCUGAAUGAUAAAAGAAAAAGUGAUGAUUUGGCAAUUUUUCAAAAUACAACUGAUGAUUUAGUGUCGAAUCAAAUCGAACAUGAAAUAAUUUCUAUCAGUGAUGAUGUAGUAAUUCAGGAUGUAACCAUGGUAACUGAUUGCAAUGAACAUGAUGAAAAUAUAAAUGCUCAAUUAGAUAUGGCAAAAAAUAAAGAAGAUAAUGAUAAUAAUAAAACAGAUAACACAAACAAAGGAGGCCGAAAUCUCUUUGACGAACUGAUAAGUAAUUGUAAUGCCGGUAAUGUAAUUACUCAGAAGAAAAAUGAAUUGCCGGGAUUCACUAAUAAUGGACAAAAUAGCAGUCUGAUGGCGCUUCAUCCUUCUUCAGUAAACCUGAAGGUGGAGAAUCAAGGUCAUGUGAUAAUUGUCGAUUCAAACUAUCAGCAGAUAAAUAUUUUACUAAAAGACGGACAAGAAGAUGUCAUGAAUAAAAGUGAUAUCGGAAUUGGAUCUGAAUUAGGUCAGAAUGAAACAUUGCAAAUCAGCCAAUCUACUGAAGUUGAAUCUGGUCAAGGUAAAACUGCUACGUUCAUGACGUUAGACAAUUGUGAACAUAUGGACAUCUCUUGUUUGGAUAAUGUGAAUGAGAAUGACCGGGAAACUUCUAAAAUAUUUACAGUUGUUAAAAUUGAUGAACAAAAUAUAAUCAGGGAAGAUAACUCUGUGCAUGAACAAAUUACUGAACAAAAAAAGAGCAAGGAGAGUAAUAUGGACAUAUUACAGAAUAUUGAACCGUGUAAAAUCACAGACAUAAAUAAUCUUAAUAAUAUUCAUGGUCAAGGUGAGAGUUCAAGGUGGGGUCAAGGAGAAAAUUUGAAAAAAGUCGAUGAUUUGACAAUAUUUGAGAAAAUGGAACAAAUGAUUAAAUCGAAAGAAAUAUGCCAGGUUACAGAAAAAACAACUGAAGUGGAGAAGGAAAUACAUGAAUCUUGUGUAAAAAUUCAGAUUGUAGUAGAUGGCAACGUAUCUUGUAAAGAUCAUGAAAACAAAAUGGAAGACAAGUCUGUGAAAAAUGUAGAAGUAGAAGAAAACAACUGCAUAGAAGAUAUAGAUUGCAAUGUACAAAAUUUUGACAAAGAAGAAGAAAUAAAGAAUAAACAUGCAGUUAAAUAUGUUCAGAAAGUAAAGAGUAAAGCUGAUGAAAAAACAGUUAAAAAUGAUAAAGAAAGGGAGACAAUUGGCUCUGAUCAAAUGAAGGAAUCUUCAGCUUUUAAUUUAUUUGAGAAGUUUUCUCACAUUUCGAAUAACCACUGUAUGGAAUCUGAAAAUACUGCUGUAGAACAUGAAGAACAAGUCAAUCUCAUAGACCACUGUAAGGAAUCUGAAAAUACUGUCGUAGAAAAAGACAUACCCAUAGACUCGAGUGACAAGGAAAAUACUGUCGUAGAACAUGUGGAACAAGACAAUCCCGUAGACAGUUAUGACAGUUAUGACAGUGGUGACAAUGAAAUUAUUGUUGAAGAACAUGUAGAUCAAGACAAUCACAUAGACUUUGGUGACAAUGAAAAUAUUGAUUUUGAAGAAAAAGAAGAAGGAAGAAAUCAUGAAAAGGAAAAGGAUACUUUUCAGAAAGAAUGUGAAUCUCAAGUUCUGGAAACUGCUGAUAAAGAAAUCAGUGAUAGUCAUCAUGGUCAUGAAGGUGAUAAAAUCGAUGAUCAGGAAAUUGAAAAAAUAGAUGGUCAACAAAGUGAAAAAACUAAUUGUAAAGAAAGUGAUAAAACUAUUAGUCAUGAAAUUGAAAAAAUUGAUAGUCAAGAAUGUGAAAAAAGUGAUCAUGGAAUUGAAAAGAUCAAAAGUCUGGAAAUUGAAAACAAGGAUAGACAGGAAAGCAAAAUAGUUGAACUUAGAGGUGAUGAGAGCAAUGAAUGUGAAGAUGAUAAAGAGACAAAAUUAGCAACACACAAAGAUGAAAGUCUUCCUCAGAUUCAAACAUUGCAAACAAAUAAAGAAAAAGUUAUAAAUAUUGAUACUGAAAAUACUAAAAACAUUCCUGAAAUGCCAAGAUGCAAUGAUAAUGUUAAACAAACUGAAGAAAAAAGUUGUAGUUGUGAAGAUAAUAGUACUAAUUGUGAUGAAAUUUUAGUUAAAAAACAAUUAUUUGGUGAUAAUGAGAAAGAUGAAGUAAGUACGGGCAGCAUGGAUGAAAGGAAAGAAGAAAGUAAAAAUUUAAAAACUAAUGAAAAAGACACCCAAAAGGAUCCAGUGGUUAGGAAACGGAAAUAUAAAGGAGUUAAAGUGAUUAAAAAGGAAGAGACUAUUGUAGACCAAAGUUCAGUAAGAAAAGGCAAUAUCAAAAUUAUAGGUAAAAAGUUGUAUCUUAUAGGAAGAAAAAGAACAAUAUCAGCAAGCGUAGAAAGUGAAAAUAAAACCACAAUUGAGCAGGAUAAUUCAGGAAAAGUGCCUAAUAAGGAAGGACCAAUCACAGAUAAGACAGAAUUUACUGCUUAUAAAAAUGAAAAUAUUGAAAAAGACGUUAUUUGUGGUCCAGAAAAAGAAGCACAGCACUUAAAAAGUCUGACAAUAUGCAAUGAAAAUAACUAUACAGAUAGUUCAGAGUUUAUGAUAGAACAAUGUACCAAGACAAAGUUAGUCUUUAAAGAUGGUGUUUACUGGUGCGACUUAUGUGAUAAGACAUUUAAAACUAAAAGCAGCUUACGGACUCAUAAAUUUAGUCAUAUGAAAUAUAAUUUUACUUGUCAAGCUUGUGGUAUGGGGUUUUCGUGGGAGGACCAUUUAGAGAGACACAUGAAUGUUCAUUUAAAAACUUCUACAUAUAUUGACCUGCUACAGUCCUACAAUGCUUAGACAAAGUAGGAUAUAUUUAAUUGAAUCUGAUAUCUAAUUUGUUAAACUAUUAUGAUACUCCAUGCACUAAUUCGCUAACUUAUUCUUAUUUUCCAUGCAAGUUUUAUUGUGAAUGCUAAAUGACAAAAAAAACCAAUUUGCUGAUAUAUUUUUAAGUGGACAUGUUACAAAAAAUUAUUGAUUUUCAAAAAUUUGCUUUCAGUCAGUGGUUAAACUUAUAAAAUCAUGUUUAUUUCAUUGACAAUUUAAGUAAUAUUUACCCAUAUAUACUUAAUAAGGUACUUUAAAUGAAAUUUGUAUGAUUUUUAUUUUCAUUGAAAAUUUAGAAUUAUCUCCCCUUAAUUUUCUUUAAAAAAAAAAAGUCUUACAUGUUUCCCCUGAAAUUUUCUUGUUUGCUUAAAUACUAAGAACUUAACAAAGAAAUAUAUUGACACUGAUGUUAAAUAGUAGUGCAUGUUUUCAAAAAUUGCUCUCUGAAGGCUUGUAAAUGAGCAGUCUUUUGAUCACAAAUGAGAUUUGCAUUGUCCAAGAAAUUAUACAUUAAUGAAUAGUAAAGAAAUAUUAUACCAAAUCAUACAUCAUUUGUACAUGGUGUAGUUCAGAGAAUUCAGCGUGUUCAAGAAAAGAAGAAAAUGUGACUCUUAACUUAUACAUGUAAGUUUUGAAAAAUCUGUAUGUCUAAGAAAUAUAACUCUAUCUUCCAGUAAAUAACCUGUAUAAAAAGUUAAAAAAAUAUGCAACUUGUAACAAGUUGUUUUUUUUUUACUUUUUAAAAAAUAUGAUCUUCUUAGGAAUUAAAAUAUAUCCCAAUUGAUGAAAUACUGUAAAUUUUGAAAUUGUUGUGAGUUUUUUUUUUCAUGCAAAAAAUUGAAAUUGGUUAGCAUUGCAAUUGUAAGAGCUCAUAUUUUAAUAUUUGGUACAUAUAUUUGUUAGUUUAUUACAAACUUACCUUUGAUCAUGAAUGGACUUGUUGGUCAUUUUGUCAAUGUAAUUUAAAUUGCCCUUCCUCUAAUUUCUGUGAUCUUUUCACAUUUCCUGACCCGUUUAAAUUUUUUUGUUUUCUUCUGAAUUUUUAUGCGCCUGUCGUCUUUUAGACGGGACGUAUUAUGGUAUACCGUUGUCCGUCCAUCAGUCGUCCACACUUCGUACAAUAACUCAAAAACACUUUCACCAAUUUCCAUGAAACUAAAGUGAAUUGUUAAUAUCUAUUGACAUAAGCUCCCUUUCGUUUUUUUUUUAAUUUCAGAUUUUAAGUUUUGGAUUUAUGGGGCUUUAUUCAUAAAAAAAGGGGGAUUUUUAACACUUCGGACAAUAACUCAAAAAGGCUUUCACCAAUGUCCAUGAAACUUUGGUGAAUUGUUUAUAUCUAUUGAUGUAAGCUCCCUUUCAAUUUUUAUAAAUUUCAGAUUUUACAUUUCCGUGUUAUGAAUU